AUGACGCCCGCAGCUACAUCCGACUCGGCCACGGUCGACUUUAUCUCGGCCUCGACGCUGCCGUGUAUCAUCGACAAUGCUCCCUACACUACCUCGCACACGUACGCCGUGUACCGUACGGACCAGUCGUCGGACUCGCCACGCCAAGUGACGCACCGUGUCCACGCCGUUUCUCCCGCCGAAGCCAAGCUCGCAGUCGACUCUGCUGCGGCUGCGUUUCCAGCCUGGAAGGCUACGCCCGUCUCGCGCCGACGCGAGAUCAUCCUCAAAGCCGCCUCGCUUCUGCAGGAGCGCAUCCCGCAGUACGCGGUGAACACGAUGCAGGAGACGGUUGUAUCGCGCGGUCUGGCCGGAUUUGAACUCGGCGUUCUUGGCUUAGGUCACCUCACUGCUGCUGCUGAAUCCAUGACGGCUGCACUCAAGUCCGAGAUGCUUCCCCCCGGCGAAGACGGAGCGAUCAAGAUCGUCCGUCGUGAACCGUACGGCGUAGUCCUCGCCAUUGCGCCCUGGAAUGCUCCGUUUGUGUUGGGGCUUAGGUCGGUGCUGUAUGCGAUUGCAGCGGGAAACACGGCGGUGCUCAAGACGUCGGAAUUCGCACCGCGCGUCCAUCUCUCGGUUGCACAGAUCCUCAUCGAUGCAGGUCUGCCCAAGGGAGUGCUUAAUGUUGUGCAUGUGGAUCCGGCACAUGCGGCUGAGGUGACCGAGGCACUGAUUGCACACCCGCGCGUGCGCAAGGUCAACUUCACCGGCUCCACCCGUGUGGGUCGCAUCAUCGCAGCCACCGCCGCUAAGCACCUCAAACCCGUCGUACUCGAACUGGGCGGUAAAGCCCCGCUGAUCGUUCUGGAAGAUGCCGAUCUCGACCUGGCCGCAAAUGGUAUUUUGUUCGGAGGAUAUCUUAACAGCAACCAGAUCUGCAUGGCUGUCAACAAUGUCUUGGUCCACAAGAAUGUCGCCCAAAAGUUGCAACAGACCUUGACGACGAUGUUCGACCAGAACAAGCAAGUGUUUACGGCCAAGUUGGCACAGGGCAUGGAGGACAAACACGCCAUGAGGUCGCUUUUCAACAAAGCCUCCGCCGACCGUCUGCAAGUGCUCUACACCGAUGCCGUUUCAAAGGGUGCCUCGGUUGUUGUUGGUCAGGCCUCGUUCGAGGGUGCACUCGUUCAACCCAUUGUGCUCUCCCCCGUCACGUCCGAAAUGUCGAUCUACACCGAAGAAACCUUUGGCCCAGUGCUGUCGCUCAUCACCUUUGACAGCGUCGACCAGGCCAUCCAGAUCGCAAACACCCCCGACUACGGUCUCGCCGCAAGCAUCUACUCGACAAACACAAUGCUCGCCCUCGAAAUCGCAGGCCGCAUCGACGCAGGUCAGGUCCAUAUCAAUGCCCAGCCCGUCCAUGACGACCCUCAAAUGCCUCAUGGAGGCUGGAAGAACUCCGGUUACGGUAGAUUCAAUGGCCCAGAAGGCAUUCGCGAGUUCACCCAGACAAAGGGCAUCACCCUCCAACACGGCCAUCCCACCCCCUUCCAGUUCGUCUAG